AUGUUUAAAAAGUCUGGCGGAGCAUCUGGCUGUGAAGCACUUCUCUCUGGAGGGUCAGCUGGAGUUCAAGGCUGUCCUUUUGUUCCAAAGAGGGUCCCCUUUGAGCUCUUCGACACCAGGAAGAAGCAGAACAAUAUCAAGCUAUAUGUGCGCAGGGUGUUCAUCAUGGACACCUGUGAGGAGCUGAUCCCUGAAUGGCUGAGCUUCGUGAAGGGGAUUGUUGACUCUGAGGACCUUCACCUCAACAUCUCACCUGAGACGCUCUAGUAGAACAAGAUCUUGAAGGUUAUCCGGAAGAACCUUGUGAAGAAGUGUGUUGAGCUCUUCUUUGAAUCUAUUAUCUUAAUACAAUACCAUGAUAAGAACAAUAAGUUCUACGAGGCCUUCUCCAAAAACCUGAAGCUUGGCAUCCAGGAGGACUCCCAGAACAGGAACAAGAUUGCUGAGCUACUGAGGUACCACUCCACCAAGAGCGGUGAUGAGCUGACCAGCCUGAAGGACUACGUCACCAGGAUGGAGGAGGGACAGAAUGACAUCUACUACAUCACUGGUGAGAACAAGAAGGCUGUGGAGAACUUUCCCUUCCUGGAGAAGCUGAAGAAGAGGGGCUACGUCGGGGUUCUAUACAUGGUUGAUGCCAUUGAUGAGUACGCUGUCGGUCAGCUCAAGGAGUUUGAGCGCAAGAAGCUUGUCUCUGCCACCAAGGAGGGUCUGAAGCUUGAUGAGACAGGGGACGAGAAGAAGAGGAAGGAGGAGCUUAAGGAGAAGUUUGAGGGGCUCUGCAAGGUCAUCAAGGAGGUGCUGGGAAUUACAAACAAGCAGUGGAUGUCCUAUGGAGUCCCUACUUCACUUGGACUUUCAACAAAAUCACAAUGUGCCAGACACAGGAUGAAGCCCAGAUGCCUGGAAGGGAAGCCACAACACUGUGAGACCCGUGCAGCCAGGGGCAAGGCAGAAGCAAGGAAAGACACUCUUGAAGACAUCCUGUAUUCUCCGCAGAGCAUUGAAGCCGAGGCAGUUGGGGCACCAUCUCCUCGGAGGCAUUCUCCAAAGGUCUGCCCACUUAACAUGGACUGCUCUUAUGAGAACAACUCUCCUAAUGUCAGGGAGAGCUUCUCCAUCGAUAGAAUGUCCCUGAGGAGCCAAAACAGCAUAGCCAGGAGGGUUAGCUUCAGAUUACCUGACGAAUCAGACAUCUUCAUCAUCCCAGCACGCAAAGAUCCUGAUGAGUACUCCACUGAUGAUGAAUCCACAGAGAAUGUAAGUGAAGAAACUGAUCAAAAGAAACCUCAUUAUGUUAUAACCAGAUACUAUUAG